UCUGGGCGCCGGGCUCCCGCAGCCGGGGCGGCUGGUCGGGCGGCUCUGGCCCCGCGCGGCCCCUGCCCCUCCGCCCCGGAGGGCGGGGCACGGGCUCGCCCGGCCUCCUGGCUGCGCCGCGGCCCCUGCACUCGGGCCGGACUCUGCUGGCGGCGGCGCGAGCGGGACCCGGAGGCGGCGGCGGCGGUGCGGGAACAGUGAACCAUGGAGCUGUAUUUCGGUGAAUAUCAACACGUGCAGCAGGAAUACGGCGUCCAUCUGAGACUCGCAAGUGAGGAAACCAAAAAAUCAAGGAAUUCCCAGCACACUAAGGCAGGCUCCUAUGGUGUCAGUAUUCGGGUCCAGGGGAUUGAUGGCCACCCCUACAUAGUCCUGAAUAACACAGAGCGGUGUCUGGAAGGUACAUCUUUUUCUGAAAACGGGCCAUCAUUUUCAUCUCCAAUGAUAAAUAACUUGCCUCUGCAUUCCAGCAAUGGGUCUGUGGCAGAGGAGGACAGUGCCGAAGAACUGCAGUUCCCAGAAAACCCAUAUGCCCAACCCACAAGCCCAGUAAGAAACCCCAAACAACCCUCUCUCCUUGAGGGCAAGAAUGGAGUUCUAGAACGCAAAGAGGGGCCAGUGAAGCCAUCCCACAUGCUGAACUUCCAGAGGCACCCAGAGCUUUUGCAGCCCUACAACCCUGAAAAGAAUGAGUUGAACUUAGGAAAUCACCAACCUUCUGAGAAUAACUGGCUAAAAACCUUAACAGAAGAAGGUACCAACGAUAAGAAGGCUUGGACUUGCUUUCCCAAACCAAGUGGUUCCCAGCCUACCAGCCCUGCUUUGGAAGACCUGGCGAAAUCCAACGUGACGGCCAUUCGUUUAUGCAGCUCUGUGGUCAUAGAUGACCCCAAGAAGCAGACCUCAGUGUGUGUGAAUCUUCAGAGCUGCACCAAGGAGGGGCCGGUAGAGGAGGCCCUUUCCCCUAGUGGGAGGCCCCUAACCGCCCACAGCCCACACAGCCACCCCGAAGCCAAGAAAACCAGACCGGACGUGCUUCCCUUCCGGCGGCAGGAUUCAGCGGGACCAGUCUUGGAUGGAGCUCGGUCUCGGAGAUCCUCCUCGUCGUCCACAACUCCCACUUCGGCCAACUCUUUGUACAGAUUUUUGCUGGAUGAUCAAGAAUGCGCCAUUCAUGCUGACAAUGUGAAUCGUCAUGAAAACAGAAGGUAUAUCCCCUUCCUGCCAGGAACGGGGCGGGAUAUCGAUACGGGAUCAAUUCCUGGCGUGGAUCAGUUAAUUGAAAAAUUUGACCAAAAACCUGGGCUGCAGAGAAGAGGAAGGUCUGGGAAGCGAAACAGAAUCAAUCCUGAGGACAGGAAGAGGUCCAGAAGUGUGGACAGCGCCUUUCCUUUUGGUCUCCAAGGGAACUCGGAGUACCUAACGGAAUUUAGCAGGAACUUGGGCAAGUCCAGCGAGCAUCUCCUCCGGCCGUCGCAGGUGUGCCCGCAGAGGCCACCGGCUCCGGAGCACCGUGGGAAACAGGGCGCCGGCCGGGCCUUCGCCAGGCUGCAGGGAGCCCACCCCAGGCCUCCGCAGCAGAACAAAGAUGGGAAAGUUCCAGAAAACAAAGUUGACCAGGGAAGUUUGACCGUGAGCGCAUCCUCCCUCCCAGCACAGAAUAAAAAGGAAGAGGAAAUUAAAACAGCCACUGCUGUGCUGAUGCUGCAGAAUAAUCGGGCACUAGCAACUUCGCCUGACUCUGGUGCCAAGAGGAUUUCUGUGAAGGCAUUUACUUCCGCCUCAAAUACUCAGGCCACUCCGGAUCUGUUAAAAGGCCAGCAAGAGCUCACUCAACAAACCAAUGAGGAGACGGCCAAGCAGAUACUCUACAAUUACCUCAAAGAAGGAAGCACCGAUAAUGACGAUGCUACUAAAAGGAAAGUCAACCUGGUCUUUGAGAAAAUCCAGACUUUAAAGUCUCGAGCAGCAGGGAGCACGCCAGGAAAUAAUCAAGCUUCUAAUUCUUCAUCUGAAGUCAAAGAUCUAUUGGAACAGAAAAACAAGUUGACCACAGAAGUGUCUGAACUUCAGAGACAGCUUCAGCUAGAAGUCAAGAAUCAACAGAACAUCAAAGAAGAGAGAGAGAGAAUGAAAGCAAAUCUGGAAGAGCUCCAGAGCCAGCACGACACUAAGGUGCAAGAGAACUCAGUGCUGCAGCAGCGACUGGAAGAAAGCGAAGGAGAGCUCCGGAAAAACCUGGAGGAGCUGUUCCAGGUGAAGAUGGAACGGGAACAGCACCAGACUGAGAUCAGAGAUCUCCAGGACCAGCUCUCAGAAAUGCAUGAUGAAUUGGACAGUGCUAAACGAUCCGAGGACAGGGAGAAGGGAGUUCUGAUUGAGGAACUCUUACAGGCCAAACAGGAUCUUCAGGAUCUGCUCAUUGCCAAAGAGGAGCAGGAAGACCUCUUGAGAAAGAGGGAGCGUGAACUCACUGCCCUGAAGGGAGCCCUGAAAGAAGAGGUUUCCAGCCACGACCAGGAGAUGGACAAACUGAAGGAGCAGUAUGACGCCGAGCUGCAGGCCCUGAGGGAGAGUGUGGAGGAAGCAACUAAGAAUGUUGAGGUCCUGGCCAGUCGGAGCAACAGUUCAGAGCAAACCCAGGUGGAGGCGAAAGUGCGCAUGAAGGCGCUACAGGAGGAGAACGAGAGGCUGCGGAAAAGCCUCGGAGAGCUGGAGUGCAGCGUGGCUCGGCUGCAGAGGCAGAUUGCUGACGCAAAAGGCGACGAAGCCAAAGCGAAGGAAUUGCUCAAGAAGUGUGAGGCAGAAAUGCAGCAAUUAGAGGAAGCCCUUGUGCAUGCAAGAAAGGAAGAAAAAGAAGCCAUGUCAGCCAGAAGGACCCUGGAGAGUGAGCUGGAAGACGCUCAGAGAAAUCUGAGUCGGGCCACCCAGGAGCAGAAGCAGUUGUCUGAGAAGCUAAAAGAUGAGAGCGAGCAGAAGGAGCAGUUAAGGAGACUGAAGAAUGAGAUGGAGAAUGAGCGAUGGCACCUUGACAAGACCAUUGAGAAACUGCAGAAGGAGAUGGCUGACAUUGUCGAGGUGUCCCGCACGUCAACACUGGAGCUCCAGAACCAGCUGGAUGAGUACAAGGAGAAAAAUCGCAGGGAGCUUGCAGAAAUGCAAAGGCAAUUGAAGGAGAAAACCUUAGAGGCAGAAAAGUCACGUCUGACUGCCAUGAAAAUGCAAGAUGAGAUGCGCCUGAUGGAGGAGGAGUUACGGGACUACCAGAGAGCUCAGGAUGAAGCACUCACGAAAAGGCAGCUUCUGGAGCAGACGCUGAAGGACCUGGAGUACGAGCUGGAGGCCAAGAGUCACCUCAAAGAUGACCGGAGCAGGCUCGUCAAGCAGAUGGAGGACAAGGUGUCUCAACUGGAGAUGGAACUGGAAGAAGAAAGAAGCAACUCAGAUUUGCUGUCUGAGAGGAUCGCUCGGAGCAGGGAACAGAUGGAGCAGAUAAGAAACGAGCUGCUUCAGGAGAGAGCUGUGAGGCAAGAUUUGGAGUGUGACAAGAUUUCCUUGGAGAGACAGAACAAGGACUUAAAGAGCCGGAUUGUCCACCUGGAAGGGUCCUACAGGUCCAGCAAAGAGGGGCUGGUGGUGCAGAUGGAGGCCAGGAUCGCGGAGCUGGAGGACCGUCUGGAGAGCGAGGAGAGGGACCGGGCCAGCCUCCAGCUCAGCAACCGAAGGCUGGAGCGGAAGGUGAAGGAACUGGUGAUGCAGGUGGACGAUGAGCACCUGUCGCUGACUGAUCAGAAGGACCAGCUGAGCUUGCGCUUGAAAGCAAUGAAGCGACAGGUGGAGGAGGCUGAGGAGGAAAUCGACAGACUAGAAAGUUCGAAAAAGAAGCUACAGAGGGAGCUGGAGGAGCAGAUGGAUGUGAAUGAGCAGCUGCAGGGACAGCUCAAUUCCAUGAAGAAGAACUUAAGACUUAAGAAGCUGCCGAGUAAAGUGCUGGAUGACAUGGACGACGAUGACGACCUCAGCACCGACGGGGGGAGCCUCUAUGAGGCACCGCUGAGCUACACCUUCCCUAAGGACAGCACCGCCGCCAGCCAGAUCUAAGUGCACUUCCAGGGCUGUGGAGGUGGCCCGUCAUUCCUCAGAGGGACCUGCAGCCGCCAGCAGCAGGGGGCAGGAAAGGGAGCACCCAUCUGGAGCAGAGGCCCAUCACCUCCUCUUCACAUCACAGGCCGAUUCCUCCACGUUACAGUCCUCCUAGGAUCUCACAGUGGGAGCACGGCUCUCAUAGCUUAGCCGGGGAGCUAUUGCAGUUUAAAUGUUGAGACCACCACCCAUUGGGGUGUUUUGGAAAAUAUAAUUUGGCAGGAUGAAGCCCCUGUUCUUUACAGCUAUCUGCCAGCACCAUUUGCAUUUGCUGCUCCUGCCCCCCUCCCUCCACCAAGACAACAGGUCCAAAAUGCUAGUUAUCAUUAAACAGCCACUUUGCAGAGGAGGAAAUGAUGUGUGAGCUGUACAUAUUUUAAACCAGACUUUCUCAUGGACUGCUGCUCUUCCAUUUUGCAAUGUUCAGAGGCUUCAUUGGAUGGCUUGUUUGUAAAUGUCACACAUCUAUCUUGAAUGUUUUUUUUUUAAAUAUGAAGCCACUAGAUUUUAAGUAUUAAGGAGCAGAGGUGAGAGAGAAGGUAGAAUAAAGACCACUUUGGACAUCAGAGUUGGAAAAAAGAAAUUAUAAUGAUAAGGGACAGUUAAUCCUGAGAAGAGAAACUCAAGGGGCCGUGGUAAAUAGCUUGCUGAUGGAGGGGGAGAAGGUCAGAAGGUCAGGUGUAUCUGUGGCCUUGGUUGCUUAUUUUAUCUAGAAUUUUGUUAUAAUUUCUGAACCACGCUGAGACCAAUUCUCAGUCACCAGGUGCAAUUUCUUUUACACAGGUGGGUGGGUUUUUGACAAAUGAUGUGGUUUCUGGAAGGAUGGGGCCUUACUGUCAUUUCUUGGUGGUCCUUUCCUCCCUUCUCCCACAGCAGGCCUCCAAACUGUGCUCUCUCUGUCCCUGGAUGGGGUGGUUGCUGGCUGGGGAGUAGGAGGGUAUGGGGUUCAUGGACCUAGGUGUGAGGAGGAAGCGGGAGGUGUUCAGUAAGGUCGUGGGAAAAGGGAGGGGGAGAGGAAAUGAGCAGGUGUGAGGGUGUGGAUAGGAAGGAAGAGGAAGAAGUUCUUGAAGGCUGGGGGAUGUGUAGACAAGAGGCAGAUUAAGCAGAAUCUCAGGUUUAUGUCAGGAGAGGGAGGAAAGAAAUAGAAGUCAGACAGAGGUGAGUCUGUGCAAACUGGAAGGCUCCUUCCAACUUCCUGGGACGGAGGGACACUGGCCAGCACCAGGCACAAAGUGACCGAGAUUGGAUGAGUCUGGGGCAAGUCCACGUCACUGGGACACAAUUACAGGGAGCAUGGCAUUGGGAGGCUGCAGGGUAUCCCAGUGCCUCCUCCUGGCCUUCCUGGUGUCACCUCCCACUGUGACAGUCCCCAGGCAUGCCCGAGGCCAGGUCCCAUCACAGCUAGGCUCCCAUAGGUCAAGGUCAGGGCAUGGGGACAGCAGCUCAGCAGGGCCAUGGCCAGGGAGAGAACCCUGUGAGCUGGGUACAUGUAUGGGGCAGAAGUGACAGCGUUCAGCUGCUUGAGCAGUGUCUCCUAGCAUCCUGAUAGAUGGGAGGCCUGUGGACAGAGAACUCCACAACUGUUGCCACCGGGAGCAGGGGAUUUCAGUGCCCUACCUAUCCCAUGUCACAGAGCCCACCAAACAGGAUUCAGAGUGAUCAGCCUGGUCUAAAGGCUGGUGUCAUCCUCCCCCCCACAGGUGACAACCCUGGAGCAGGAGAGCCAAGCCAUCCUAAGCCUCUGCUGGGGGGAGUGGUUAUUGCCUCUGCUUACUUAUUUCGAGUGUGGAGAAAUUCUUUCUUUUAGCCAUUCAUUCAUUUAGCAAACAUUUUUUGGGCACCUACGAUGUGUCAGGCACAGUCCUUGGCACUGGGGUUACAGCAGAGCAUAAAACGGAUCAAAAUCCCUCCCCUCCUGGAGCACAGUCAGGGGAACGGGGGUGAUAGACAACAGUCAUACAGACACAGAGGCUGAGCCCCUCCUCACCCAGCCCUGGAGCCCCUCUGUCCUCUUGGGGAUGUGACAAGCCUAUGGGUGCUUGACUAGCUCCCUGGAACCCCCGGGGAUCUUCGUUCGACCCUCAGUGUGUUCCUGAUUUCCCGCUGCUUCCGCCAUCAUUAGGUAUUUGCCAGGAAGUCUGCCUGGAAGUGCCUCAGCCCACUCACAGCUACAGCUUGGAGACAAGAAAGGUCGGAGGCCCAAGAAGCUUGGGAGCGAGUGUCUGUCUUGGUUUGUGGGAAGGUCGCUGCCUAUUGUUCUGGCCAAUUCCUUCUGGUAGCCGUCAGGCUGGCUGCAGGAAGCAAAACUGCCCAUGAAAAGAGAGCGGAGCUUGCCAUUCCAAGAUUGCACCCUUACCCUAAAAAUGGGCUGUUUUAAGUGUUAACAAAUGUGCCAUCCUCCUCCGUGGCAGAGCAGCUGACAGUGAGCUAGAUGCACUCAGUGUAGCUGGGUGGGCAGAACACUGGACUGAGUUGAGAGGUGUUUUCAAGUCCUUGCUCAUCUUACCGCGGUGACCUUGACAGGGCAUGCACUCUCAGAGCUGCAGAUUACCCAGAACAAACGAGGACCAGGGCCCACGGUCCUUUCCAGCUCUGACAUGCUAUCAUUCUUUGAUUUUAUUACAUACACGUAUUUUUUUUCUGUUUGUUGCUUUAAGAACUAACCCUACUCAAGAAUGUUUUCUUUAGCUAGCUUAAAAGGACAAAAAAAGUUUUAUUUAAUAAACAAAUAUGUGGCCAAAUGCAAUACUGAGGAGACAAUCAUCCUAUAUCUUUAUAAUUUUUUUCCUGUUUCUGAGUGUUAUUUGACAAUGCCCAUAGGCUCUCUCUGUUGUGUUUCUGCUUUGGGGGAUGGUUUGAUUGCUUUGAUUUGUCGUGGGGAAGAGACAUUGUUAUGCAGCUACCUCCAUGUAAGGGAACUGGAUAAAGCAAGGUUGUCUUUCAAUAAACGGCAUCACCCGACGGGAA